CGGGAUGCGCUCCCUCCGGCUCCGACCUCUAUAGGGACGGUCCCGGGGACCGAUGGAAGCGCGGCGCCUGCUGCCUGCCGGCCUCUCGGAAGCGGAGCUCGGGCAGGUGAUCGUCUGCCUGCGAGGGACCCGUGCUUCGCCUUCCCCGUGGCUGCUGUAGAGCAUCUUCCCCACCUCGCCGCGCCCGGCGUUGGCUUUCUGACCCGGACCAGAACCGCAAACAGUCUUCUCCGUGAAAGUAAAGGCAGCGUGUAAAAAUAGGUUCCCCAGGGAUCCCCGGGUUUGAGACAGAGGAAGCUGCCAACUGCCUUCUGCUGGUGGGGAAGCUGAAAACGCGGAGCAUGACGGAGUCACGGAUAAAACGGCUUGCUACGACAUUGAUGGAUGCCACAACGGAUAAGGACCCGCUAGUCCAGGAGCAGAUCUACAACGCUUUGUGCUACCUGGGGGAAUCCGAGCCGGAGGAGAUCCUCAACUCCUGCGACGAGUACCUGCGGCAGCAUGACAAGCUGGCCUACCCUCACCGGGUGAUCAUCCUGAAGGCAAUGGAAACCGUGGUGAAGAGCAACAUUGCCCUCUUGGACAAAAGCACAGCGAAGGUGGUUAUCUUCCUGGCCUCUAAUGAAAUGACCAAGUCAAAGGAGGUGAUCCGGGACUGGCAGCAAGCCGCGAGCAACGUCCUUGUUGCGGUGGGGCAGCGCUUCAUCAACAAGGUGAUGGAGGAGGUGCUCACCAAGUUUCAGCCGGGGAUCCUGCCGCACUACUUCGUCAUGCAGACGUUUGCAAACCUCUCUGUGUCGAACGUGUUCGGAAUGGUGCCUUUUCUCAACUCCAUCCUCGGGACGAUGCUGCCCAUGCUGGGAAUGGCCAAACAGGACCACAUGAAGUCCGUCUUCUGCUAUGCUCUGCAGCACUUCAGUGAGAGCAUCCAGGAGUACUUGGCGAACUUGGACCAGGCCCCAGACCCCACGGUCAGGAAGGACACCUUCUCAAACGAGAUCUUCAGUGCGUACGAAGUGCUCUUCAACAGCUGGCUGCAGCACCGGGAAGCCAAGCUGAGACUGGCUGUGGUGGAGGCUAUGGGACCUAUGAGUUACCUGAUGCCCAGUGAAAAGCUGGAGGAGCAGCUCCCUAAGCUGAUUCCAGGCAUCCUCGCCCUCUACAAGAAGCACGCGGAGGCCUUCUACAUAUCCAAGAGCCUCUGCCAGAUCCUGGAAGCUUCUGUCAACAUCGGCAGCCGCAGCCUUGAUGUGCAGCUGGACUCUCUCCUGGGUACCCUGCACCCCCAGAUUUGUGCUCCUGCAGAUCCAUCUGUCCCCCUGACUGUUAAAAAUCACACUGAGGUUCUUCGAUGCUUCACUGUCCUGGCCUGCUCGUUCCCUGACCGUGUGCUGGCCUUCCUCCUCCCGAAGCUGGAGAGCAGCAACGAGAGGACCCGUGUGGGGACGCUCCUCAUCAUGAGGCAGAUCAUCAACAGUGCCCCCUCUCAAAUGGAGAUUAAAAAGCCCUUCAUUCUUUCAUCUAUGAAACUUCCUCUGCAAGACAGCAACAAUAAGGUGAAGCGGGCUGUGGUGCAGGUGAUCAGCGCCAUGGCUCACCACGGCUAACUGGGGCAGCCCGGCGGGGGGGGGAAGGUGGGGUUACUUGUCCGGCAGUGCGCCCUUCCCUCGGAUGCGCAGCCCAAAAAGCAGCCGCCGGAUGCCGAUGACCUCGCUAGUGACAGCGUCCAGAGCAUCAGCGUCAAUACGCUCUUUCUGCUUAGCACAACUGUUGACAGGAUGAACAACGUUCUGUGGCCGUACCUCCUGGAGUUCGUGACCCCGAUACAGUUCACCAACGCCCUGACCCCUCUCUGCAAGAGCCUCAUGUAUUUGGCCAUGAAGAAGCAAGAGGAGGGAGAAAACGCGUCCCUUAUCCGUUACGACCUGAAUGCAAAUCUUCCUUCGCCCUACGCUCUAACGACGAGACUGCUGGUUGUAUCUUCACAGCCGUAUGUAGGAGACUGCCGGGGGACGGCUGCCCUGCGUCUGCUGAACGUAUUGCAUUACAGCGUCCACCCCACGCUGGACCAGCUUUGGAGCAAGAAGGUCCCUCUCUUGGUGGAACACAUAGAAGGUAGGAAGGAGCUUCUGCUCGGGAGAAACUCUCUGCUGGAAACACCUUCUCCAAACCGGCCUUUCCUUCAGGAGACGCUGGCGGCCGUUUCUGACAACACGUGGAUUUGCCAUUUCGUCACGGAGAUGUGCAGGCAGCUGAACAGCUACAACGGCUUCCUGCUGGAGAAGAACUUCCUGUAUAAAUGCAUCGGGACGACGCUUGGGGCAUGCACCAGCAAAGACCUCGUGCAAAAGCAGCUCCAGGAGCUCCUGGAAACAGCCAGAUACCAUGAGGAGGCAGAAAGAGAGGGACUUGCUUCCUGCUUUGGGAUAUGUGCAAUAAAUCACCUGGAGGAAACCCUGGCCAAGCUGGAAGACUUUGUUAGGUCUGAUGUCUUCAAGAAAUCUGCGGGACUGUUCAGUAUCUUCAAGGACCGUAGUGACAACGAAGUGGAGAAAAUAAAGAGCACUCUCAUCCUCUGCUAUGGAUACGUAGCUGUGUAUGCGCCCAAGGAGCUGGUGCUGUCCAGGAUCGAAGCAGACAUCCUGAAGAACGUCUUCCAGUACUUUAACACCAAGGUUCUGGGAAUAAAGGUAGAAACCAAGGACCUGACCCUGAAGCUGUGCCUCAUCCGGAGCAUCUGCAUGAUCAGCCAAGCCAUCUACAACGGUGUGAAGUGUGGGGACUUCGUCUUCUCCCGCAAAGCUGAGCUUGUGGCCCAGAUGGUGGAGUUCAUAAAAGCAGAACCGCUGGAGGCGAUUCGGACGCCGGUUCGCCAGCGGGCGAUGAUCACCUGCACUUACCUGGUCAUCCUGGAGCCCCACCUCAGUGACCCCGACAGGACAGAGCUGAUUGAUACCUGCCUGGCCAGCGUGCUUGCCCUGCCACCCCUGGAACUGGUGAAGGAGAGAGAUGAGAACGGAGGCGAUGCCUUACACAAGGAGAUGCUGUAUGGUGACACCAUCAGUGCCCUUAAAGACCUGCUGAAGAGUCUCCUGCAGAGGAACUUGACCCCCCAUGGGCUGCAGGACAUGUUUGCACAUUUAGGCCCCUGGAUCAAGUCGAACAAGGAACACGAGCGGCAGCGAGCAGUGGAGGUCAGCGCCACCUUGCUAGACUUCUACCUGAGCAAGCUGAACGUCAGCACUGUCAUCCCCUUCUACAACCUUGGCGUCCUGAUCGCGCUCUUCUCCCCGCGCUGCUCGGACUCCCUGGCCAGCGUUCGCCAGCACGCUGUCGACUGCGUCUACUGCCUGCUCUACAUCCAGCUCUGCUACGAAGGUUUCGCCCGGGAUCACAGAGAUGAGAUGGUGGAAGGGCUGAAAGCUCUGAAGAAAGGCCUGGAGGAGCCUGACUUCACCAUUCUCUUCCAUACCUGCAACAACAUUGCCAUGGUGAUUGGGAAGCGUGUCCCUCCGGACCAGCUGAUGAGCCUCCUGCUCGCCAUGUUCGAGGGGCUGGUGGACCCCGAUAAGAACUGUUCCCGAGCAGCCACCGUCAUGAUCAACUCCCUCCUCAAGGAGCGCGGAGGCGUCUUGCAGGAGAAGGUGCCCGACAUCAUGAGCAUCAUCCACAGCAAGCUGGAGGAGGUGGACGAGGAGCACAUCCGGAAGGCGGCCCAGCAGACGGUUUACAUCCUGGCCUCCCAGCACAAGAGCGUGGUGGUGUCCAGCCUGCUGGGCAGCUCGCUGCCCUUUGACAGCCACACGUGCGCCAUGUGGAGGUCCCUGGCCACCGAGCCCACCCUCACCUCACAGAUCCUGGAGCAGCUGCUGGAGAAGGUGAACAGGGAUGUCCCGUACAAGGAGAGCAAGUGCUUCUUGCUGGGCAGCGGAUCCGAGCGCAUCGCGACCCCUCUGCCCCUGGCUGCCACAUGUGCUUUGUAUGAGAUCAUGUCUGCUCCGGAGUCUGGGGCAGCAGUGCUGGGACUCUACCCGCCGUUGUUUGUGACUCUCCUGCUGCGCGUCAGCUGCACUGUGGGUGUUCAGCUACCGAAGAACCUGCAGAGCAGGGAGAGGAGGAGCAGCAGCUACGGCCCGGCCCCCCGGAGCCUCCAUCCCUGCAGCUGUGCCGUGGAAACGCUGAAGGUCAUGCUGGCCCGGGGGGGCAGCGAGGAGGUCGCCAGGGCCGUGGGCAGUGCCGGCGGCUGGGAGCUGAUGGUGAGUCCGGAGAGGCACCACGACGGGAUCGCCGUGCUCGCCGGCGGUAUGGCCCGACACGCCGGCCCCCGGCUCCCCCUGAUCGUGAAGAACCUCAUCCCAACACUGAGCAGCGUCUUUGACAGCCAGAGGAUCACCACCACCGCCUUCUUCGCCGAGCUCCUCAAUAGCAACGUGGUGAAUGACCUGAUCCUGCUGGAGACCAUGAUGGAUAACAUGACGGGGAGGCAGAAGGACGCCUGCAUGUUGGUGCGGAUGCUGGCUCUCCGGGGGCUGGGCAAUAUCGCCUCCGGCUCGCCGGAAAAGGUGAGGAAGCACGGGGCCAAGCUCCUGGCAUCCAUGGUCAACGGCAUGGAUGACAAAGAUGACCCCCACAACCUGGUUGCGCUCGAGGCCAUGUCCAGUCUCUCCAAGCUUCUGGAUCACGUGGAGGAGAGAGACAUCCAGUCCAUGGUCCUCCACAUCGCCAUCAGGAUCCGGCCCUUCUUUGACAGUGAGCAGCCUGACCUCCGCCAGUCGUCCAUCGUGCUCUUCGGCAACCUGACCAAGUUCAGCGAAGGCAACUGCGAAGUCUUCUUUGAGCAGAUCCUGAAUGGGCUGGUGACGCUGCUGCUGCACCUCCAGCAGCCUCCCCUCUCUGUGCCGCAGGCCUGCAAGUUUGCUCUGCGCAUGUGUGGCCCCAACAUGGGCUGCGAGGGGCUCUGCGACAUGUUCCUCAACCACCUGCGGGAGGACAGGAGCCUGCACUAUGGGGAGUUCAUGAACAACGUCUUAACCAACCUGUUCUACUUCAAGAGCAACUGGGUGGACAUCCGAGCAGCUGCGCCCAUGUUCAUCGGCUUCCUCGUGCUGCACGUGGACGAAGAACACUGUCAGCAAGUGGACCUGGACCAACUCAUUUCGGGUGAGUAG